AUGCCGCCCAAGCGCCGCCUGCCCAUCCACCAGAAGGAUGCCGCCCGGGAGAUCGCUGAGACCCCAGGUCCCGAGCCCUCCUCUUCAUCCCCCUCCUCCCCUCCUGCCCAAAAGGCCAAGCGUGAGGAAGAGCGCCCCGUCUCGCUCCGCAACGCCCCCGGCAAUGUGCGCUGGGUUGACGGCGAUCUCAACGGCAACGUCGCUGGCAUCGCGUCCAUUGCCUUUGUCGCCGUCUCCAUGCUGGAGACCCUUUCGGCUGGCAACGCUGACGCAGCCGAUCGCGAUGAGAUCAAGACGAUGCUCAAGUACAUCGGGGGCGCCGACGCCCUUGACCAGUUCCGCAAGAACAUCCACGACAAGUUUGGCUCUUUCGGCCCCAAGCCUACCGUGUUCCGCAACUUCUUUGAAGGAAAGGCCUGGGAGGCCAACAAAGAUGUCGACAUCGCCGAGACCCAGGGUGAGCCCACCGGAGGACGCGAGGCGAGCGUUGAGCUGGGCUCGACGCCCGCGCCGACCACUUUGACGGAGGGAACCACCACCGCCGGACGUGAGGGCGCGGGCAGCGCUGAGCUGGGCGCCGCUCCUCAGGAGGCCGCUGCUACGCCUGUCGUGAUUCCAAGCGACCCGGAGACCAGCGACGAGCCGCUCGACUCCAGUGACGAGCCUCUGGCGUUGAAGAGGGCCAAGGCUGCUGAGAAGGCGGCGGUUACCAGCAAGUAUUUUGGUGCUGGAGGUGCUGGAGGAGCCGGUGGAAAGGCCUAA